AUGUGGAAGACCAGACCCUCCCAAGCGUUUUGGGGGCUGAAGCAUCAUGAAAUAAGACACGGGAACCACGAAACAGUGGGCAGUAUUCCAGGCCACCACUUAUCUCUGCCAACACAAACUCAUACAGUACAACAACCAGGAGUACCUCUAUCCAAUAAAACUAGCGGGCUUGCGGAAGACAGACCCCAAAGGGUGAGGGCGGGGCACCAUGAAAAUGGAAACCGAGACUCAUACUUCACCGGAAAGCCCUGCUCGAAGAUGUCGCUGAGUUCAAGACCAACUCCUUCUGUCGGCUCUCUACUUUCUCACGUGAAACUCCUCCCUCUUGCCCUCAAAGCAAACAGAAUUAAGGUACUUAUAGAGAAUUACCAAGUUAAACAGGAGAAUGUACAGGAUCUAUAUCUCAAACUUGAUCCCCCUUACGAUGAUAGCGAUGUAGAUGGCCUAGAUGAAAUCAGUGAAGAGAGGGGAACAGCGAAGAAAGAAGUUCGGUUUGACGCUCCAUCCAGCCUGUAUGCUAGAGAAGUAUCAGACGAAACGUACAAGCUAGAACGCCGCAGAAGAACAGGCUCUAGGUUGCACCUCAAAUGGUUCAAGGGCAGACUGGUCUGCUGCUUUGAUGGCAACCAUAGGUCUCACCUUGAAAAGGUAGAAGCAAACCCUUCAUGCCAUCAUCCGAUGCAAGCCAACUUCGACAUAUUGACCGUGAACAUCCUCAAGGCCUUUGGUAACACUUCCACAGUACUUAAACAAAGUUGGCGCAUGGCGAAUGUUGAUCUAGGUGCACAAACUACGGAUCGUAGAUCCAUUGAGCUGCUCAGGGAAGGAAAAAUGACGGACCAUUUCAACAUGAUAAAAUAUGGUCAUAAAGGCGCAGAAUGCUUCAUGGAGGAGCGGCGGAUGUGGGCGACGGCUUUCGAUGCAUGCCUUGCAAUAGCCCUCGUCUUUGAUGCUAAGCGCUUCCUUAAGUCGAAGAGUGAAGGUCCUUUCCAAGAGCUACAACAAAACUCUAGUGAAAACGCCCUAGCAAUACAUCUUCUAGUCGUAAAACGUAAGUACAGUAAUAAACUUCGAUCUCCACGAAAACUUCAAUAUGGCAUGGUGAAGUUGUCAUCAAAUCUUAACACCAAGGACUUGAUCUAUUGGAUUUUCCACAUGACAUAUAGCAUGAUCUGUUAUCAGAAUCUAAUACAUAGAACAAAGCCAACACCUACCACAUGGGUUGGCGAGGCACCAGGGAUGGCAAUUCCCAACACUGAAUUAGGUAGCCCACUAGACUUGUACAUCGACUUCCGUGUCGAAAUUCCCCUGGGAAGGAGUCACUCGAAGCUCACAGACCCUGCAAGGCCCGAUUACCGUAUACCCUGUCAGAGGCACGAAAGUUCACCAAGAAUAACAAAACUGCCCGUGCCGUGUCCUGCGGAUGUCUGCAACAUGUGCUUCCUUUUGGAUGGCAGAGAGAGAUGCUGGAAUUUCCAGUUUAUUCCUAAAGGUAUGCUAUACAGCGAAUAUUCAGUCUACCAUCAGUCAUUGCGUCUGGAUCCGCGGAAGGGCACGUUCAGGUCUCAAGUCUUUGUCGCUAAAUAUCUAGUCUUCGCCAUAGGCAAGCACACGAAGGAUAUGAGGGGAUUGAGCGAGGGGUGUGACGUGCUCUAUCGAAACAAGACCGUGAGGUUGGAGGCUGACUUCCGGCGGGGCUUCGUCUUCAACUUGAACUUUUUGGAGGAACUGAACGAGAAGCGGUUGGAGUGGACAUCUACCGGAAAUAAUUGCUAUCUCUCAAUGUAG